CAAUUCGAUCUGCUAACCAAGCAUCAUUUUAAUAACUUUGAGCAUAGUUAUUAACUGCGCUUUGAGUAAUUAACUUAUAUUUUAUAGUUACUACACAGCCACAGGUUUCGAUACGAAAGAGUGCUACGAAACAAUGAAGCCUUUUGCUCAACUUUGCAUCUUCAUAGUGACUCUGUGGUUGUUGCCAUCACUACUGAAGGCAACGGAUGUCGAACAAAAGGUAAUGUAAAAUUGUCAUUAAUCAGUGCAACCACAGCAUAUUACAGGGCCGUAACCACCAAUUUGGACUUGGUCAGCUUGUGCGUGCAUGGUGCAUGCGAGUGCCAAAGGCGUAUUAAAAACAGUCAUGGUCCUGCAGGAAAGUUUUGAUUUCCUAAAAUCUAAAAAGCUUUCUCCUGCAUUUUGUGGGGAGUUUUAAAAGCAGUGCAAGGUUAUGAUGAACGUCAUAUUACUCUUAUUAUACUAGCCCCAAGAAACUAGUUUGAAUAAUAAGUAAACACUAAUAAACACAACUCUGUAGAUAUGAUAUUGACGCAUAGGCCAAAUCCUCGAAAACAAACUUUUUAAGUGCUGACUUUGAAGCCGGGUUGAAACCGGGUUGAAACCGGUAUAGGGUUGAAACCGGUGGCUACAGCCCUGGCAUUAUUUGAAAAUCAGAGAGUAUAAUGCGCAAAUAAUAAAUAACGCGCGUAGUUAUUUUGUGUAUUUUAACUAGCUAGUUUUAAAGGCUUUUUUGGGACUCAUUGAAACAUGAAAAAAUAUUGUCAAGUAUAUGCUUACUGUGGGAGGAAUUAGAGCCUCUAGAAACAGCGUGCUGGUGUGCUUCCACAAAGGAAUAAGUACCGUUCACAUGAAAAAUACAUUCUGGCUACCGGUCUCUGCUACCUGUGUGAUAUUAAACAUGUGUGUCUCAUUGACAUACAGGUAAAUUAAGAUCAGAUUUCAUAUCAAGUCUGUUUACUGCUAGGCGCAUUUACCACAUUGUCAUUAUAUAGACUAUAUACACAGAUUUAUCACACUAAGAAACCAAAACUUUAUAAACAUAUGGAACUAUAUCAGUAGCCAAAGUCCAAAACAAAUGUAAGCGUAACAUUAGACUUGAAAAAGCUUUAGAAAUUCGACAAAAAUUCGAAGACUCGAGCGAGUUUAAAAUUUGUGUUCUGCGCAUAGAAAGCGCGCACGACCACAAUUCCAUGCGCUAAAUAAAAUUUAGUUCAAAACCCCCUCUCUGCACAUAUUAGGUUGCUGCUACGCUCGCUCGCUUCAGGCUCGCUCUCUACGCAGCAAUACUGAGCACGAUAAAACCAGUCAUGUGAUCAGACUUGAACAACUACAAGCUACAUAUGUGGAUGUGGCAUUAUGAAAUGUAAGAAUAAGGAGAGAAUUUCAUCAGCUUAAAAUAUUCUUUUUUAGUGUGAACUAGUGGUAAAUUGCACUAAGAAAGCUGAGAAUGCCAGUCAAAGUUGUUAUGAUUUUAUGAAUCUUCUUGAUAAAAAUUGUGGAGAAGGACCAAGUUAUUGCAACAAGUAUAAGGCGGAUCUUAUCAGAGCAUGCACAGCAGGUAGGCAGUCAGUUGGAUUAACUUCAAAUCAAAUUUUAAUAACAAGCUUGAAGAUCGAAAUUUUCAGCACAAACAGGGAGCGAAUAUAAUGACAAUCCUUUUUUGUACUCCUGACAAUUCGUGAAGUGUCCGCUGCAGACCACAAUUUGUCUUGCCCUGUGUGGGUAAUAACUUUAACAGGCACAAUUUGAUAGGCAAAUUUAAUUGCACCACUAGUAGUCUGUUGAGAGGAUUUCCAGCGAUGGGGGAAGCCGGAAGAUAUGAACUGGAGGACUGCAGAUCCAUCAAAAUCGCAAAUGAGACCAGACCAAAGUACUUUUUUUUACUAUCUUUAAUUCUUAAUUAAGAAUUGAUCGAAAUCACUUUCGCAACCCGAGUUUAUUUUGAGUUCAUAUCGGUCAAAUAUAACAGUUUGGUAUUCCAUAUACUGUAUAUAUUUCUCUACAUUUCCAGGUUUCUGUAAGAAGUGCUUGGAGAACGUUAAUACAGCUUACGAAGAUUGCAUUAAGUUUUACCACAAAAUCGUUUCUUCUGAAAAAGAAUUAAAGCAUUGUGAAGAUGUGAAAAAAGAUCUGUCUUUUAAAUGUCCUCAAGUUUGCCAUGGUAUUGGAGGUUUUGUUUUUAAUUUUACUGAAUAUGUUAUUUAUCUGCUUGCCUUGAAAUAUAUACGCUUUGUUUUCUUUCUAUAUAAUCACUACUUUAUCUGUGCUACUACCGCAAAGAGAAGACCAGAAUACCCGGGCACUGCGUGCAUGAUUGAGUGACAAAUGUUAGGAUUAGCAGUAUUUUUGUACAUUUUUAAUUUAAAAAUGCGUUCUUUUUAUUUCAUCGAAAGGUGUGAAAGGCCUGACUGAAAAAAACCCAGGGAAGAGCUGCAGAGACAUUUUAGACUGGAGUACCAAAACCCCCACGAGUGGCGUGUACUGGAUCCAACCGGACGGCGAUUCUUUCGCUGUCCAAUCAUACUGUGAUAUGAGUUUUCAGGAUGGUGGUUGGACCUUGGCGAGCUAUGGAUACGUCGCAACGACUGCGUAUGGUAAAUUUGACGAUCGAAAUAAAAAUAUUCCAAAUAUGAACCAUCCUAACGGCUACACUUGGCAUCCAAACAAACGUAAUAAUUCCCAAGGCGUUAUAGCACUUCAACAUGGCGCAGUAAACUUGGCUCGAGGUGCAAAGUAUAUGAUAAUGGCAGCUGGAAGCAAUCCUGUGUCAGGUGGUAUCAACAAAUACAGUUAUGUCUAUUUCAUUGAUAUCAGUAACAAUCGAUAUAACAUCACGUUUGCAAACCACAACCGUUACCAUGGAGCUAGUCGAACUUCCACCAUUCCCAAGAUGCAUGUCGUUGAGUUCACAGUGAAAGCUCUGAAAGGUGAAACCGGAAGGGCGAAGAGAUAUGCUUUGGCCGAAGCUCUGGGUGUCUCCUGGAGUGACACAUACCCAACUGGUUAUGGAUUCUCACCGGUCAAAUCUCAGUACGGCACAUGAGACAGAGGUCCGUUCUUUCCCAGUGUUCAUACUGGAGAUAGACCAGCUGGGGGAUGUAAUGCAGCAAGACCCUAUACACCAGAUGUGGCCAAAGGAUGUCCUAAUUAUGCACAUUUUGGAUGGCAUUCUCUGUAUACAACUCAGAAGACGGGGCAAACGUCAAUAUGGUUCAAAUAACUGUUCAGUCUUAUUGUUGAACGUAACCUCACUUUAUUUGAACUUGCUUUCUUAACUUUACUUGGUUAAAAAUAGCAUAUUCUUCUUUUUAUUAGGAACAGUUUACUAGAACUUUGUAGAAUUUGCUAGUGAAUGUAUUGAUAUAUAGUCAGAAAAGGAGGGUAUAUUUGUAGUAUUUGCUCCGGCUGCAAUUAUGUCAAUAAAUAAUUAACUAAAACAAUUUUUACGUUUUACCCAGUAAUAGUUAUUCUAGUUAACUAUCUCGGUCAUUGGUAACCACAGUGCAAGUGAUGGCUUUCACUGCCACAGCAACCUGUUGUUUUUUAAAUUAAAUACACGAAAAGUGAGUAGUGUAGAGGGAAUCAUGGUUCUCAUGAGUAAUAUACGGCUGGGUCAAAUUGGGGGUUGGAUAUAAGAGUACAACCCAACCGAACUUGUCAAAUUAGGGAGUAAAUUAUUUUACAAUUUUUAUCGUUCUUAAAACGUGCGGCUAAAACGGGAAUACCAGAUUCCCUUAUUACGUUUUCGUAGCGCUUUGCAUUGUGGUUAUAGUGGUAUCACUGAUAUUUAAGACGGCUUUGUCCUGACCCGUGCAAGAACCUUUAACAAAAAGCUAGGGUCAGGUGCGCGAUAGUCAACAGCAAAAUAUUCGCAAACUGAACAUUCAAUAUUUUCAUUCGAGGCCGCUAUCUUUAUCAGUGAUACCACUAUAACCACAAUGCAAAGCGCUACGAAAACGUAAUAAGGGGAUGAUCAAUUGGCACCCCUAUUGAAUUUAAGCACACCGGAGCCUGGUACUAGAUAUAUAUGUUUUCAGACUCAGUUCUAUAUAAGAGAGAUAUAUAUGAUUUAAGGUCCAUUAUAUUCAAUUAUAAAGAGGAGAUAAAAAGAGAAAAAGUUCGUUCUUAGUUCACCGCCAUCUUUAAUUUAUUUCCAAUGCUGAUAUGACGUCCAGAGAGCGUACCAUGCAAUAAUUCAUCCCUGCCCCUGGUAAAUAAUUUUAUAAUAUAAAUAAGAUAAUGAGAAAUUAAUAAUAUCGUAGAUUUACCGAUUCAUAUUUAUCUUUAUCACUAUUCUAUACAAUACUCUACAUAAAAUCUGCGGCACACUUUCGCCGUUUUUGAACAGCUUUAAGUCUUGAUAGUAUCUGUUUGUCAUCUAGAAUUUCUUUGUGUUCCGAUUUGUCAAUUUGUUCAUGACUUGUGGUGGGUUUCUGCCUGGAAUUUGGCGAGGUUUCCCAAUCAUUUUUUCUUGGGCUAUCAUUUUCUCUUUUCGUUGACUUGUCCUUGUCUUUAUUUUUGUUCUUGUGUUUCGACUUGUGCUUUUGCUUCUUUUUGUGUUUUCUUUUUCGCCUAUCACUAUCUGACUCACUAUGUGAAUCGUAACGAGAAAAUGGCACAGUUUGAUGAGAUUGGAGUACUAGUUUUACACCAAUCUCUUCUCUUUGUGAUCGCAGUGGUGGUGGUGGUCUAGGACCGUACUCCUCUUCUUCUACUUCCAUAACAUUUUUAUCAGUGUUAUUGUGCUUAGGGACAGCUUUCACAAUUUGAUUAUUUGAGUCUUCAACACUAGCCUGCAGAGAUACAUGUUUGUCAAUAUCACCAUCUCUAUAAGUGUCUUCAAAUUUACCCGGGUGAGAUGUUUUUGUCUGCUGUUUAGAUACAGUAACCACGUUAGCACUUGAAGUUUCUUGAGUUAACUUAAGCUGGCUGCUUUGUUCAUUGUUCAUCUCUUCAUCCUCAGAAUUUCCCGACUCGUCUUCCGAUGAGCUUGCAAAUAUAGCUUUAAACAAGUCCAUUGAUGGCUUUUUGCUCCCUUUCUGGUCAAAGGUAACCAUCGCACCAGGAGUAGAAUUAAUUUUUACUUUUUCUUCGGUGUUCAGGUUCUCUAGAAUAACUUUUUCACCCGAUUCAGCAGUUGAGUUAUCGGAAACAUUUGUUGUUCUAUUUAAGCAAAUUGUUUCAUAAUUUUCCUCCUUUUGAGAUGUUUCAAACAAUUUGCCAAGAGUAAACUUUUCUUUUUUCUCAUAAACAAGGCCAGUUUUACUUGACGACGGAUAAGGUUCCGGAAUGUUGAACCUUUUACAUAAAAGUUUUGAUGGAUGCCAUUCGAAUGUUUUCCUGGUCAGCUUGCCGAACAUCUUCAUUUCUGCGGCUUUCUCUUCAACGGACAUAGUCUCAUCUUGAUCUGACUUGAGAUGAUCCUAAAAA